AUGCGCGCCCGCCGGAGCAAGAGAUACCGCAAAAUCAUGGCGGCCUACCAGCGGGGCUUCUCGUUCCACGAACCCUACCAGGUCCUCCUCGACUCCCACUUCCUCAAGACGUGCCACUCGUUCCACAUGCCUCUGCAAAAAUACCUCGAGAACACGCUGCACGGGCAAUGCAGGAUCUUCGUGACGAAGUGUACCCUCGCGAAGAUCAUGGCGGACUGGGAAAAGGUCAUCAACAAAGAGGGCAAGGCAAGAAGAGGGCCGCCGCCACGACCGGAUUUCCUCCCUCCGCCGACAGAAGUCCCCUUACGGCACUGCAAGCACAGGGACGACGAGGGCCAGGAACUGGGCGUCGUGAGCGAGGCUCGCUGUCUCCUCGAUCUCCUGGCAGGUCAACCCCACGGCAACGAACACGCCAAAAAUAAACAGCACUACAUCCUGGCCACGGCGGACGCUGACGAGAAGGAAUCCCGAGCCAAGGGAUUCAUCGACGUGAAAGAGAGGGCGAGAUUGAUCCCGGGAGUGCCGGUCGUCUAUGUGAAGCGCAGCGUGAUGAUCCUGGAGGAAAUGAGCGGUGUCAGUGAGCGCACUGUCCGGUCACAGGAGAAGGAAAAGUUUAGUCAAGGAUUGAUCGGACUGGCGUCCCGCAAGAGGAAGCGAGGAGAAGGAGAAGAGGGAAAUGAGGAUGACGACGAUGACGAUCUGCUGGCUGAAGAGAAGCAAGGCCCUAAGAUCAGAGGGUUGAAGAGAGCAAAAGGUCCGAAUCCGUUGAGCGUCAAAAAGAAAAAGGUCAAGGUCUCGUCAUCGAGCGGAGCAGGCCAGCAUGAUGGAGAGGCCGUGGUGCAGAAAAAGUCCAAGAGAAGGGGUACUAGAGGGCGGCGAGAGACGAAGAACAAAUCGACGUUGGACCCUCAGAAUGGAGGUGAAGCCGGGCAAGCGACUAUACCUGCUUCGGCUGGGAUCGUAACAGCGGAAGCAUAG